CCCCUUUUUUCCCCUUUCCCACCACCCCUGUUUGUUGUCGGUUUCGCUCGUUGCUGGCCAUGGCCACGCGGUCCGUGGCCGGGCUCGCGGCUCUGGUGCAGGGGCUGGGCGUCGUCGUCGGAGAGGAGGAGGAGGAGGAGGCGGUGCUGACGGGUUUUGCCACGCCUGACGUACUCCUCCACCAACCCCUGGCCAUCUACCGCGCACACCUUUCGCGGACGCUCGGCAGGCUCGUCGGCUGCGGCCUCGAGCAGGCCUACGACGCGAUCCAGCCGGCCAGCUCGGCGGGGAACGGGGACUUGGACUUUGUGCUACCCAAGCUGAAACUGCCCGACGGCACCAAGCUGCAGGACCUGGCGGCCGACGUAGUCAAGAAGUUUCCGCGUCCCCAUCCGCUCUUCCUGCCGCCCUUCAAAGACGGCGUCCACGUCCGCUUCUUUUUGUCCCCCGAGUCGCUGACCCGCAUCCUCAUACCCUACAUUCUCGACCGCCGGGGCAAGUAUGGCAAGAAGGCGCUCGUCGAGUUCUCGUCGCCCAACCUCGGGCAGGACUUCCGGACGGACCACCUGCGCAGCACGAUCCUCGGGGCCUUCGUAGCCAACAUGUACGAGGCCAUGGGGUGGCACGUGGUGCGCAUCAACUACCUCGGCGACUGGGGCAAGCAGAUCGGGCUGCUGGGGCUGGGCUGGAUCAAGUACGGGUCCGACGACGUGCUGGCCAAGCACGCCGACCCGUUCCGCUACAUCCACGGAAUCGCAGCACGCAUCGACGCCGAGGGGGAAGGUCAAGGGGCCGCGACAGCAGCAGCAGCGGAUGGUUGUGACGACGACGACGACGGCAGCGACACGGACAUGUUCGCCGAGCGCGACGCCACGUUCAAGCGGCUUGAGGACGGCGAGGCGCAGGCGGUGGAGCUGUGGGAGAAGAUGCGCGACAUCAGCAUCGCCUACUACGCCAGCACGUACGCGCGGCUGGGCGUGGCCUUUGACGACUACUCGGGCGAGUCGCUGGUGUGCCGCAACCCCGAGGCGCUGGCCCGCGUCGAGGCGGUGCUGCGGGCCGAGGGCAUCGCCGAGCAGCGCGGCGACGGCUCGUGGGUCGUCGACUUUGCCAAGCACAGCCCUGCGGCUGCGCGGCUCGGCGUGGCCGUGGUGCGGGCGCGCGACGGCACCACGACGUACUUCCUGCGCGACGUGGCCACGGUGCUGGACCGGCUCGAGGACUACAGCUUCGACAAGAUGGUUUACGUGGUGGGCGAGCAGGACGCGCACUUCCGGCAGGUGUUCGAGACGGCCCGGCUGCUGGGCCAGGGCGACGUGGCCGGGCGGCUGCACCACCUGAGCUUCACGCGCGGGCCGGCGCAGUGGGGCGGCGACGCGCGGCUGCUGGGCGACAUCCUCGACCGCUGCGAGGAGUACGUGCGGCGGGCGGCGGCCAGCACGUGGCCCGACGACGUGCCGGCCCAUCUGCGCCGCACUGCCGUCGCCGGCCAGGUCGCCAUCAGCUCGCUCGUCGUGCACGAGCUCAACAUCCGCAACCGCUCCCACACCAUCGGCCUCGACGUCGAGCUGCUGACCGCCACCGACGGCGAGACCGGGCCCGCACUGCAGCUGGCCUACGCCCGCCUGCGCCAGACCCUGAGCCAGCUCAAGGCCGCCGCCGCCGCCGCCGCCGCCAAGGACCCCGCGACAGGUACCAGCACAGGAGCGGCCGCCGACUACUCGUCGCUGUGGGACGCGCCGUGGAUCGAGCUGCUGCGGUUGCUGGCGCGCUUCCCCAACGUCGCCACCGCCGCCUUCGACUCGCUCGAGCCCGAGACCAUCCUGUCGUACCUGUUUCUGGUCGUCGACGAGCUGAGCUGCUGCCUCGACGUGGUCGACGACGACGAGAGCGGCGAGACGGAAGAGGACGCCGCGCGCCAGAGUGUCGCCAGGGCGCGCCUGUACCAGGCCACGCGCCAGGUGCUGGAGAACGGCAUGCGUCUGCUGAAUAUUACGCCCGCGGCGAGGUGAGGGGUGUUGGUGGGAAUGAGGGGUGUUGGCGCGAAUGAGGGUGUUGGCGCGAAUGAGGGGUGUUGGCGCGAAUGAGGGGUGUUGGCGCGAAUGAGGGAGGAUGGAUUAAUUACUUACAGAGGAGAACGGGGAUGGGUUGCUAGGCUGCAGGGAUAAUUAGUGUUGAGGCCAGAUUGAAUGAAGCCUGAUAUGCUACCGUGAUGCUUCCGUAGCGAUUGUCUCUGCGGAUUUCGCUUUGUAGUGCUGUAGUGCGUGUGUCUCUGUG